ACAGUUGUCGGAGCUGGAGAAGGGCAGAAAUAAAAACAAUUGUGCAAAACGGGCAAAACAAUAGAGAAGCGACUAAUUCCGAUCAAGUCAGCACGCGGGGGUUUGGUGAAGUUUGCCAGACGUAGAGUACGUCUUGCCUUGUCUGACCGGCUCCUCUUACCGUACGGCUCAUCCCCGCAAUAAAGCAAACAAACAGAUGAAACUAAUGAAGGGGUUUUAAUCAGUUCGCACACUGUUGUUCGGCAUUGACACAAGGCGGUUUUGCUGGCAGUUCAAUUCUAGCAAGCGAUUAGCACGGCCACCGGAACGUUGGACGUGUUGUCCAGUACGAAUCGAAAAACACUCUACAUACGCACACACGCUAAUAACGGUUAGAGGGUCGAAGGGAGAGAGAACGGGAAAAACGGGAGAAAUUCCGGAAGGAAGUAGGUGUUCUGUGCGUGUUUUUGGCGAUUGUUUUCCGCUCCACAACGACAGCGACAUUUUCUCUGCGAGUCUCCCUCCGUGCAAGUGUGUAUAUUUUUUGUGGUGUAUUAAAUCAUUAUUGCCAUCCGUGCAUCGGAAACCGCGUGUCACUGUGUGUGCGGUUGUUUGUGGUUCCCGUACCGUGUGCUACGGGCCGCGCGGACAGCCUGUUAACAACGAUCAAAGAAAAACAACACAACAAAACGUCGACAAAACGCUUCCAGCGCCGCGGUAACCCACCCACCCGUCCACCACCCAACGUCACUGCCACCCAUACAGAAGGGUAGGGUUCAGCCGUCAUCGUCGUCAGAAUCGUCGUCGAGGUCGUACUGAUUACGGGACUUUUCUGGGUGCUCUCUGGUAAUAGCAGCACCGUGCCCGAGAUCCACCAGACGAGUUACAGCAAUCUUUUACGUGACCACGGGUGUGCGGUGUGUGCGUGUACACGGCUCGACGAACAGCACGACCGGGAAAACCUGAGAGAAUAUUCACCAUGAAGCUGGAAUCGCGACCAAUCACGGAGAAUCCGAUGCAUAUAAAGCGUGCGUCCACGGAGAAGCUGCGAGAAAUCUUUGGCAAAUAUGCAACCCAACAAAUCAACGGCGAACCGUACAUGACCAGCGAAGACUUCGUGAAGAAUUUCCUUGGACAAUCGUACAAUGAGGAAUCGAUAAAACUGAUCGCCGGCAUUGCCGACACCAGCAAGGAUGGGUUGAUCUCGUUCGCCGAAUUUCAAGCGUUCGAGGGUCUGCUCUGCACACCGGACGCCCUGUACAAAACCGCGUUCCAGCUGUUCGACCGUAACGGUAACGGCUCGGUCACGUACAGUGAGUUUGUCGAUGUUUUCAAAAAGACAGAUCUGCACGCUAAAAUCCCGUUCAAACUGGACGGCCCUUUCAUACAGCUUUACUUCGGCAAGGACCGGCAGCGUGUGAUCAAUUACGUCGAGUUUAGCCAAUUUUUGCACGACUUCCAUGAGGAGUGUGCGAUGGAGGCGUUCCGCUUGAAGGACACCUCCGGUUCCGGGUUUAUCUCGGCCCUCGACUUUCAGGACAUUAUGGUGAACGUGAAGAAGCACCUGCUGACGAACGAGGUGCGCGAUAAUUUGAUUGCGGUUACCGAAGGUCACCGGGUGAGCUUUCCCUACUUUAUGGCAUUUAACUCGCUGCUCAACAAUAUGGAACUGAUCAAGCGCAUUUACCUGAACGCGACCAGUGGCAACCGGGCGGAACCUAUCACCAAGGACGAACUGUUGCAUUCCGCGCAAACGAUGAGCCAGAUAACGCCGCUAGAGAUUGACAUACUGUAUCAGCUGACGGGCGUGAUUCAUCAAAGUGGUACAUCCAUUUGGUGGCGGCAAAGCAAAACGAUAGACAAAAAUAGACGAAUCGUGUAUAAUGAUCUUAGCAACAUUGCGCCGGAACACUACAUUAAAAACAUAACGCAUCGGUUGGCAGAAAUCAAAGCGGUCGAAUCGCCCGCCGAUCGGUCUUUCCUGAUCCAGAUGCUCGAGAGCACGUAUCGGUUUACGCUUGGUUCGGUUGCGGGAGCUGUCGGUGCAACGGCUGUCUAUCCAAUUGAUCUGGUAAAGACACGCAUGCAAAACCAGCGUACUGGUUCGUUUAUCGGGGAGGUCGCCUACCGGAACUCGUGGGACUGCUGCAAAAAGGUUAUCCGUCACGAGGGCUUCCUGGGACUGUAUCGUGGUUUGGUACCGCAGUUGAUGGGUGUCGCACCGGAGAAAGCCAUCAAGCUGACGGUGAACGAUUUCGUGCGCGAUAAGCUAACGGACAAGCAGGGUAACAUUCCGCGCUGGGGCGAGGUGCUUGCUGGUGCAUGUGCCGGCGGAUCGCAAGUAAUUUUCACCAACCCGCUGGAAAUAGUAAAAAUUCGGCUACAGGUGGCGGGUGAGAUUGCGGGCGGUGCCAAGGUGCGGGCGCUCAGCGUAGUGCGCGAGCUCGGUCUGUUCGGGCUGUACAAGGGUGCCCGUGCCUGUCUGCUCCGUGACGUACCGUUCUCGGCCAUCUACUUCCCAAUGUACGCACAUACGAAGGCAGCGUUUGCGGAUGACGAAGGCUACAACCAUCCGUUGACACUGUUGGCGGCGGGUGCGAUUGCCGGUAUACCGGCGGCAUCGUUGGUGACGCCGGCGGACGUAAUCAAGACACGGUUACAGGUGGUAGCCCGAACCGGCCAAACCACUUACAGUGGGGUGAUGGAUGCGGCAAGAAAGAUUAUGGCCGAGGAGGGUCCGCGUGCCUUUUGGAAGGGAACAGUCGCUCGAGUGUUCCGAUCUUCGCCACAGUUUGGUGUAACGCUUGUGACGUACGAGCUGCUGCAGCGCAUGCUUUACGUAGACUUCGGUGGAUCGCGCCCGGCCGGUUCCGAUGUGGCGAAGGCAAAGGUUGAUCUGACCCGGGUCAAUCCGGACCACAUCGGUGGCUAUCAGGCGGCCCUACCGAUGCUGAACGGUAUCGAGACAAAGUUUGGGCUGAGUUUGCCUCGUUUUGGCAGCCCGUUGGUCAAGCGUCAGGCGUCAUGAUAAGGCCAUCGUGCCAUCGUGGAUGGCCGGAACCGGACUGUCAAGGAUUGGUGGUGUGCCGUUACUCUAGUUACGAUAUCGAACUUUCUCGAAGGAAGAGGUAUACGCAAGCUGAAAGUCACACAGACAUACCUAUACACAGUAACACAGUGUCCGCGAACAACAAAUAUAUCUUGUACGAUUAUUACCACUGCUACUAUUACUACUACUACAACCACCAGCACCACAACUACUAUUGCUGCUGCUACAGAAUACUAUUGCUAACGCACUGCUGUGACUAUUGCAACCAGUUUGUUAGUGUUAACGAUGCAAACGAAUUUAUCUCACCUCAAAAAGCAUGUGCGCUCACCUUAAUCUCACCAUGGAAGCAAUUCUGGGAUUGAAUCGUAGCUAGUAUGUCCACGGAGACGCGUGUUAGUGCCAGCCAGCAGCAACCUGCCAGCCCUGAAAGGAAGGACGGAGGGCUGUUUGUUAAAUUGUUUUCCACUACUUUUCGGUUUAUCAUGGUUCAAGAAGUUUGCCUUUAUUUUCUAAAGAACGGAAUCUUUUAUUUCGUUCUGUUUUACAGUACAGUUUGCCAGGGGCAGAGCAUUUGGUCGGUUGGGAGGAGUAGUAAUAAAAAGUCAAUUUUUCUCCGCAUUUCACCUUAUUUCGGGCACAUUCUGGUUUAUCAUUUGCAUUUCUAGACACAUUUAAGCGAAUACCCACACACGCCGACACCCACAGGGAUGUAUGGUGGUGUAGGUGUACACCAAGAAACGGAACAGGGCAAGGUAGGGCAAGGAGGGGAGGGAGAUGAAAGUGGGGACAAAAACACACAAAAGCAACACAGCAACACAACAGCAACAACAAAACUACAAACGGGAAAUGAAACAGAAUCACCUCAUCGCUAAAUAGUCCGAUAAGUAGACAAAUAAAAUGAUUAUAACUAAUAAGAGAAAAGCUUUCA